GCUACAAUAUGACACCGCGGGCAGCAGCAGCGUCGUAGUUUUAUCGCGUCGCUCAGUGUGUACGGUGUCUACAGGCCACUUCCUCAUUUACUGACUGUCGGCAAUAUGUCCUAACACUUUCACAACGCUCUGCCUCUCUUUAAAUGACAACGUUUUGUGUGCCUGAAAAGCGACGUUACCUCCACAGGUGGAUGUAGCAAGCGUUUUUGACUUUAUUUGAUGCAGACCAUCACUUCAUUCAGUCGUAGCGCAGGUGGAUUUAUCGAUUCGCGUGGUUUCCUGGCACGUUUAUAUCGGUGAGGAUGUUUUAAAAUGGCGGUGGCAGCGUCCCAACAGGGUCUGGAGUGAAUGUGAGCAGGUGAUGGACGCACACACAUCUUUCCACCUGCAGCAGGAACAUGGCAGAAGCAGAGCACACGUCCAGUCAAAGCAAUGAUGAUUUCCAGGUCUCAUCGUUCAGCAACUCUUCACACAACCAGUGUUUGCAGAUUGCCUCAAAGCCUCUCACCCAAAACCAUGUCAACCAUCACAUGCCUUCAGACUCUCAGCUGCCACAUGUCUCCCUCGACUGCAAAUCAUUCACUCCCUUUAAUGGCACAUGUGAUGAGGAUCGCAGCAGCUUGGCCUCUCAGGACUCUGGAAUCCCCUCCCUUGAGCACAUUCAUGCUCGAGUCACCACUGCUGAGCUGGUGGUUCCACCUCCACAUGAUGAUAGUCCAGCAACACUAAACUUGGAUAUUUCAGAUAGCUCCAUACUCAAGUCUUCCACCUUCCCAUGUUGUGACUUUGAUUUGGUACGUCCUUAUGCUGCCGGCGGGCUCUCCAGUGCGGCAGGCAAGGGUACUUUGAACCGCAGUGAUGAUGUUUCAAUGUGCAGUGUUUCAAGUUUAAGUACUGAGUUUUCUGCCACAUUGUCUGUCAGUAAUGAGGACUUCCUAGACUUUAUGGUUACAUCCGAGUCCAGUGCUGUUGUUACAUUUGAGAAUGAAGAUGUCUUGCACCAUUCUGACAAUUCACUCUCAUCUCCUACCGACUUACACGGCAAGGUCAGCAGCCCUCAAAGGCAUCCUGUGGGGGUCUCUACACCACAUGAGGCUAGACCCAAGAGACUGGGUCCACUCGCCAGCUUCUUCCACAGGAGUCUUUUUGCUAAGAGGAUGAAGGAUACGGGUGCACAGGAAGAACAGAGAGAGCCUGGCUGGAAGCUGUUUGGUAAAGUUCCACAUAAAGAACUUUCAAUCAAAGACUCCAGGAAAAUACAAAAGGAAUAUGAAAGGAGUGGACAGUCAAGCAGUUCCAUAUCUCCCAAUAAGAAUGUAAGAAGGAACCUGGACUUUGAGCCACUUUCAACCACAGCCCUUAUACUGGAGAACCGUCCAGCAAAUCUUCCUGCAAAAUCUGAGGAAGAAGCCCAGAAACACAGACAAGAAUAUGAGGAGAUGGUAGCUCAGGCCAAGAAGAGAGAGCUGAAAGAGGCCCAGAAACGGAAAAAACAACUAGAGGACAGGUGUAAACUAGAGGAACGCAUCGGCAAUGCUGCUCUCACCUGGAGUCAGGAGAUAUUACCCAACUGGCAAAGCAUGUGUUCAUCUAAGCGGGUGAGGGAUUUAUGGUGGCAGGGUCUGCCACCCAGUGUGAGGGGCAAAGUCUGGAGUCUAGCGAUAGGCAAUGAACUAAACAUCACAGAUGGUAUGAAUGGGUUUUAUGUGUGCUUUAUCACACACACCUCACACAUACUGGAUAAGCACAUACAGGAAAAGAUUACUUCGGACAUAAUUUUAAUGACAAAAACAAAAAAUAUGUUGACAUACUUUGCAGCAUUUGAAGUGUUCUUUGAAGAAAAUCUACCAAAGCUUUUUGCACAUUUUAAAAAUAACAACCUGUCCUCUGAUAUUUAUUUAAUUGACUGGAUCUUCACCUUGUACAGUAAAUCACUCCCACUGGACAUUGCAUGCCGAGUGUGGGACGUGUUCUGUCGUGAUGGCGAGGAAUUUCUCUUCCGCACAGCACUGGGGAUUCUGCACCUUGGUUACUAUCAGUUUACUCCUCUGGGCGGAUGUUGCUUUGUGCCAUAUGGGUCGGCUUGUCCCAAGUCCAAAACCCCCUCUUCCCUGCUGCACCUGUCCUACAAUGUCUCCAUGCCUGAGAGUGGAUUUUGCCUGCUGUAUGGCCUCAGUCGGGGCCCACUUGCUCCCAUGUCCAGUUUCACUUUGAUUAUUGCUUAUUGUUUAGAUGCAGGCUUGUCUCAUGCUGAUCGAGAGGCCAGUCUAGAACUGAUCAAGUUAGACAUUUCCAGAACCUUUCCCAAUCUCUGUAUUUUCCAACAGGGAGGCCCAUACCAUGAUGUAUUGCACAGCAUUCUGGGAGCUUACACUUGCUAUCGUCCUGAUGUGGGAUAUGUGCAGGGAAUGUCCUUUAUAGCAGCAGUGUUGAUUCUCAACAUGGACACUGCUGAAGCCUUCAUUGCUUUUGCCAAUUUGUUGAACAAGCCUUGUCAAAUGGCUUUCUAC